GCUAUCGUCUGCCUCCUCCCUGCCCCAGUUCCUCAUUAUUGUUCCUGUGCUUACAGUCAUCAGUUGUAGACCCUACAACGUGUGCCCUGAAGAGAAAAUGUUCCAGACCAAAGAUGUGAUCCUGAGAGCCCUGUCCUUCACUUUCCUGCUGAGUCUCCAAGGAGCUGGGGCCAUUAAGGCAGACCACGAGUUAAGCAAUGCAGUGUUUGUACAGACGAAUAGACCAUCAGGAGAGUAUAUGUUUGAGUUUGAUAAGGAUGAGUUCUUCUACGUAGAUCUGGACAAGAAGGAGACCGUCUGGCAUCUGCCGGAGUUUGGCCGAGCCUUUGCCUUUGAGGCUCAGGGUGGGCUGGCCAACAUCGCUAUAUUGAAUAACAACUUGAAUGUACUGAUCCAGCGUUCCAACCACACCCAGGCCACCAAUGAGCCUCCUGAGGUGACUGUGUUUCCCAAGGAGCCUGUGGAGCUGGGCCAGCCCAACAUGCUCAUCUGCUUCAUUGACAAGUUCUUCCCGCCUGUGCUCAAUGUCACAUGGUUGCGCAAUGGGCAGCCGGUCACUGAAGGUGUUGCUGAGAGCCUCUUCCUGCCCAGAACAGAUUAUAGCUUCCGCAAGUUCCUCUACCUAACCUUCGUGCCCUCAGCUGAGGACGUCUAUGACUGCAAAGUGGAGCACUGGGGCCUGGAUGAUCCUCUCCUCAAGCACUGGGAAGCCCAGGAGCCUAUCCUGGUGGCUGAGACGAUGGAGACUGUGGUCUGCACCCUAGGCCUGGUGGUGGGCCUGGUGGGCAUCGUUGCUGGCACCAUCAUCAUCAUAAAGGCUCUGCGUUCUGGUCAUGACCCCCAGGCCCGGGGGCCUCUGUGAGUUACUCUGGAGGUGACAAAAUUUCUGAGAAGAAAAGGACUUAGAAGAGAUCUGAAUUCCAGCUGCCCUACAAACUCCAGUCCCAGCUUUCCUUCUCAAUUCUUGUGUUCUACACCCCAAUGACUGACUUGAUUUCUGACCCUUCAAGUUCUGCCUUUAUUUGUGACCUUAAGAGCACUCAGUCCUUAAUAAAGUUCCUCACAUAUAAGAAGUACUAAAUAAAUGUUGAUAUUCUUGUAGCACUGGUGUGGAGAUUAUUCCUUUACUGGACUUCUCAUUGUCUGGUAACCUUCAAAGAAUGCACCAGUGCCCCUUCCUGAGAAUACCCUGAGACCAAUAAAUUCUUCAAUAUGCCAGA